AUGGCCUUCCCCUCCUAUUACAACAACGGGACUGGCGAAAUCCAAAAGGAUCCCGACCACGCCGGGAACAGGCUGCUCCUCGCAUCCGCCCCGCUAGCAGCUUACGCCAACCAGCAAUUGCCUGACUCGACCUUCGCCCAGCGCUCGAAGCCCCCACAGACCAAGCGCAACCACAUUACCCCCGUGGCCUGCACGCCCUGCCAGCAUCGGAAACACAAGUGCGAUGGUCGCCGGCCCGUCUGUUCGUCUUGCAUCGCCAAGAAGCGUCCCGAUUGCGUCUACGAUGCCGCCGGCGAUCAGCGGCGCACCUCCGCCUUGAAGCUGCGCAUCAAAGACCUGGAGCGGCAGAAUGCGGACCUGAAGGACAUUGUCGCUGGCAUAGGUUUGGCGCCCGAUCGGGACCAGGCCAUAUCGAUCGCUCAGCAUCUGGCGGAAAGCGAGUUCCAUGGCACCGGCGAUGUUGCCGAGUACCUGAGAAGGAACAGCGAUGGUGCCGUUGGGGCGUCGAAACGCCUCAAGAAGGAUAGCCACUCGUUUCCGACAAGCGCAGGUGUCAUGGCACCACCAGUCUCGCUCAUGGCACCGUCUACCACCAUCGAUGGCGUGGUUCCUCCCGCUUGGGAACCGGAAUUACCUUCUGCGUCAAUGAACUUCACACCAUGGAACUUUGGUCAAAGCUCAGGCGAGGUAGCGGAUGACUGGUUGCAAUAUCCAUUUGGAGCACCAUCGCCUAUGGGCCAAAGACAUAUUCCGGACAACUUCUACACUCCACAAGGCGCUGUCGAAAUGGACCAAGAAUCAGGAUCCUCACAGUAA